AGAUGGAGGCUCGUCUCUUCCGGUUUAAACCGGAUGUAGAUGAGUUCAGAACAGCGAUCUUGGACGCCAUAAAGGACAGGACGAUUUUCCGAUGUAAAAGUGAACUCUUCUUCUUCUCUUUGAAAUAUGGAGACCUGUUUUUUAUCCCACGUACAGCUGUAUUUGCUCAUUACACCAAGUUAAAAUGAGCAUAAGCUACUUAUAUUUUAACAGUAAAUGAGUUGCACGAACCGUCUGCUGUUACCGGUAUUUGUGGACAGGACUGCGCAGCUACUUAUGUCAGCAGCCUCGAGCAGCGACGAAGAUGUGCAACCGGCAGCAAAAUGUUGGGAAUGUGGGAAGAACAUCCACAACUUAAAGAAAUUGAUGUCACAUUAUAAAAGCCACAAUACCAAAGCCACCUGCCACAUCUGCAAGGUUACUUUCCGUCGCCUGACAUCACUCUCCACACACCUGGAUAACGCGCAUCUGCCACCAGUCUGCAAAAAAUGCCAUCAGUUUUUCAGCAAUGUCUGGGAGCUGAACAAGCAUGCAGGGAAACACUGUACGGACUCUGAGUUUAUUCAAGAAGAUUCCUCUUUGAUUUGUAAGAGGCAGAGCAGUGACAGCUCUCCUAAGGAGAAGACAAUGCAGCAAAAUGCAGAUACUGUUCAACGUGACUCACUGUCAGCACUGAGGUCUAAACAGAGAGCUGAGAUAAAGCCUGAGACACCUAAAAACAGUGUGGCGUAUAUACUGGGUGCAGAUGAUGAAGAUAUUAGCACUGAAAGUGAUUCCGACAUGGCAGAAGAUUCAAAAAGCUCUGCUUCUGAAGAUGAAGUCAUGACACACUCUAAACCUAAUAAACUGCAUCCAGAACACUCUGAAACAGAUGUUCGCUCCAACUCCAGUUUGCCCAAUGAUUCUGGUCAUUUUUCAGACUGUCCAGUUUCCCAGACGACAUGUGCACCCUUUCCUGCUGCCAACAGUGUAAUGUGCACAGUGUGUGGCAGAGGUCCGUUUAAGUCAAUUAAGCUCCACAUGCUGCACUGCAGUGGCGUGAGAGUAAAAUAUCAAUGCUUUCUGUGCAAGAAGGCCUUUCUAACUGAGAGUGCUGUUAAGAAACACCACUUGGCUCUGUAUGCCUGUGACAUCUGUGGCCAAGUUUUCAGUCAUAAGAACUUGUACUAUAGCCACCAGUGUCCCAAAGGGAGCAAAUCGCCUUUGGUGCUCUUCUGCUCUGAGUCGAUGCCGAAAGCAUGCAACAUAUGCAAAUUCCUUUUUACCUCUGAGAAAUAUUUAGUUGAGCACGUAACCAAAGUUCACACGUCAGUGGUCAGCACCAAGGCGUGCACUUUUACUACUCCAUCACUGGUGAAUGGAAAGGAUAACCGAAGAGCCCAGAGCACAAAAGUCCAGCUCCAGUCAGCCAAGUUCGUGAGCAAGGCCAUUAAUGGAACACACAGUGAUGGCCAAACGUCAGGGACAAAUGGUGCCCUAGCUCAGCCAAACCAACUGCCUUCAAGUCACCUUCAUGCCCCUUUUGCUGUCCUUUCCAGCCCCCCUGACACAAACCAAGAGGGUGCGCUCUCUAACCCCCCCUCACAACCAAUGCCCACCAUCCUGGCCAUGUUUGAGAAUGACAGCCAUCGUUUGGCUUUGAUGAAACGCAUGAACACCAGCUGGCGCUCCAAGGUGCCUUACCCUUGCAGGCAGUGCGGCGCCGUCCUGCGGCAGCCCUCGCUCAUCAUCAGCCACCGGUACCUCCACCGAGGCCGCCGGUCGCACCAGUGCCCGUGCGGACGAGCUUUUAAACACCGGCUGCACCUCCUGCGACACUGUGUUCAGCACGCGGAGGCCAUAAGCUACAUCUGUGUCAGCUGUGGGGACACUUUCACAGGAGCCAAACUCCUGGCGCAGCACCUGAAGGGCCGGUCUCUAAAGAAAUCUCCCUCUGGCUGCACGUGGAAAAGAAAAGUCAAGAGAACGUGCAGAAUGACUUUCAUGUGCGACUGCGGAGAACUGUUUCUCAGGCCUUCAGCAUACAUAUGGCACCAGCUUAAAAACAGGACAGCAAGUAACAAAUCAAAGAAGCCUACGAUGUGACAGAAGUACGAACAGAUCAGCUUUUAUUUCUCCAAGCAACAAAUCAAAAUAGAUAUUCCACACAUGACACCUGCUUGUCACCAUUCUGUUUAAUUCAUGUGUCCCCCAGUGACAGAAAUAAAGCAUAAAGCAAACAUAAACGCACCCAUUCUAAAUGACUUUGAAUUGUAAGCAUGUCUUAGAUGGUUAUUAACAUGUUUUUACCAUGUGCAAAUGUUACAUAUUUAGGUUCACAUACAUUUCUCUGCUGCUACACUAACUACUGGAGUUAAAAAAUAAAAUUUAAAAAAAAAAAAAAAAAAUGAAGGUAGCCAACAAGGAGUUUUUUUUCCAGCACUGGAUUAAGUUUAAACAAAACUCCAGUUAAUCCUCCAGAGAGAGCGCGAGAGAUAGAGUUGGUCCAGUUUUGCAGCUGUUCUCACAAAGUGCUUUCUUAUUAGUGACAUUUGUACGGCGGUUUGAUUAAUCUUGUUUUCUGUUUUAGUACAGCUGAAAAUGUUAUGCUCCUUUGAGACACUGAAGAAAUUAUCAAGAAGAAAAUCGUGUAUUUUUUUUUAUUAUUAUGAUUAUUGUUAUGUGAUUUAAUAUUAGCAGUCCCAAACAUUUUGUUGUUUAAUCAUGUGACCACUAGAUGGAGCAGUUGGAUUGCUAAAAGAUGAGCUUAUAAGGCCACUGAAGUUUCUUCAUUCUCAACAGGUGUAACGUGUUGGAUGUUUUCCUUCCGUCAAACUGUUGCCGACGCAAGUCUGCAAGUUUCAGUUAAUAGCCAUGGGAUCCCUUCGACUUACAGUUUGCAAUAAAACUCUUUUCAUCAAGCUUAA